UCCAGCCCUGAAAACUUCUCCAUUUAGGCUAUAAGAGCAACGACUGUGAGCAAAAGUUACACUCGCUUUGUUAUCUCGGGAUUUCGACGUCUAACAUAAUGUUGUGCGAUUUGCUUGGGGGACUUUUACUUAUUAUUGCUGUAAUGCAACGCGCCGUCGCCGGGCGUCUUAACAAAGAAGUCUGCUUAUUGCAAGUUGAUGAAGGACCGUGUGACGACGAUGUUAACCGUUACUACUACAAUACGAUUACUCAAAUGUGUGAAGAAUUUAGUUACAGUGGCUGCGGUGGAAACCUAAACAACUUCAAGACCCUUAUGGAUUGUCGGAAAACAUGUUUCAAGAUACCAAAAAUUCCUCGGGUGUGUCGUUUUCAAAUGCAUGAGGGGCCCUGCCGUGGUCUCUUUCAGCGCUUCUUCUUCAAUAUGUCCUCCAUGCAGUGUGAAUCUUUCUUCUAUGGUGGUUGCCAAGGCAAUGACAACAACUUUGAAACAGUUCAUGCAUGUAUGGAAUACUGCAGACCUCCAAAAACGAUCCCUGUGAUUUGCCGAGACGUUUUGGACAAAGGGACGUGCUCAGCUUCAAUUCCAAGAUAUUACUACAACUCUGCUACCAAGACAUGUCAGGAGUUUAUAUACACAGGAUGUGGAGGAAGCAGCAAUAACUUCAUAUCGAAGCAGAGUUGCAUGGAUGUGUGCGGGUCUGCACGUGGGAAAAAGCCAAUGAUAAAAGCUAAAAAACAAUUCUUAAAACGGACAAUGGCUCAGCAACAAAGAGUCCAAUAGACCAAAUCAUUGUCAUAUGAAGUCAUUCACACCACAAAGACAAAAUAUAUUUGCACUGAUUUAUUCUAACAGACACAUCAUAAAUAGUGUCUGCUAGACUUAUUAUAAUGUGAAUCUGUAUCAAUGAUUACAAAUUACCUUAUACAUAGUAUAAACAUUUGAUAUUGAGUGCAUUGAAAAUAAAAAAAUGGUUUUAUAUUUUCAAUGAUUUUGUAAACCUGUAUGCAAUUUAUUAUAUUAAUACAAUGCUAAAUUUUUACAAAGUCUUUACUGGUUUGUUAAAGUGAUGUUAUGUAGCGUAAUGUAAUACUGACACUGAUUACAACAUUAUAAACUCUAAAGAUAAUGUCAUACUUAUUUCUCCGACCAGUACUUAUGUUUACUUAUGACAGCAGCAGCUAUUAUUUCAUGACAGUAAUUUCAGAAGGGUAUUGACACUUAACGUGACAAGAGCAAGAAAGAUAAAUGACUGUGGGCUCUCUCUGUUGGUUAGAGGGGAUAUUUUUAUAUACAUUUUAUAUACAUUAGUAUUUUUUAUUUCUAAGUAAAGCUACUGUGGAUUUAUGUUUUUAUUUGUAAUAAUAAUAAUAUAUUGUAUACUUGACUUAUUUUCUAUGUAAUUAUUACUACUGACAAUAAUCAUUUAAAUAAUUUUGUCCGUCAUGCCUUUAAACUUGACGCCAAAGCCAAAAUAAACAACAGUUUGAGUCUUUCAUCUGGA